ACUGAGUCCCGGCGCCGCCCCCGUACGGUGCCUUUAUUGGCCGCAUUUAGAGUAGACCCCCUCGCCGGGGUCGCUCGCCGUCGCCCUUUUCCCCCAGUCCCCACAGCAGGAGCGCGACGCCAUGUGUGCGAGCAGAGCUCCAGAUCACCACCGGGUCGGGCGAGGCCGCCUAGCUCCUUUCCAUUUCCCUCUCGAUCGCUUUCUCCCCAGUGGCACUGUGGCAGUCCCCCUCCCCGUCUCUCCUCGUCGCAUUCGAGUACCCCCGCUGAUUGGCCACCUGGAGUACAACUAGUACUAGUAGUUGGCUCAUCCUCUCCGUCGUCCCGGUUCGGUAUCCUCGUUCAUUCGUUCGUCGCUUGGAGGCGGCAGCAAUGGCGACUCCGCCGUGUGCGCUUCCGCUCCUCUUCGGCCUCAUGUUUCUGCUGCAGGGAGAUCCGUCGCAGGCCGGCGACACCGUCGCCGCCGGCCGGCCGCUCUCCGGCGGGGAGAGCCUCGUGUCCAAGCGUGGCAAGUUCAGGCUCGGCUUCUUCCAGCCAGACAACUCGUCAGAUCACUGGUACCUGGGCAUCUGGUACAACCAAAUCUCGCUGCACACCACGGUGUGGGUGGCGAACCGGGAGGCGCCGAUCACCGACCCGGCGUCCUCGCAGCUCUCCAUCUCGAGCGAUGGCAACAUGGUCAUCCUUGAUCACCGGAGGUCCGCCGUCUGGUCAACCAACGUGACCGGCGUCGCGCCCAACUCCACGGUGGGCGUCAUCCUCGACAGCGGCAACCUCGUGCUGGCGGACGCGUCCAACACCUCCGUGGUGCGGUGGCAGAGCUUCGACCACUUCAGCGACACGUGGCUCCCCGGCGGGAAGCUCGGCCGGAGCAAGCGCACCGGCGAGGUCACGCGCCUCGUCGCGUGGAAGGGCUCCGGCGACCCGGCGCCGAGCAUGUUCUCGCUGGAGCUGGACCCGCGCGGCUCCAGCCAGUACCUGCUCAACUGGAACGGCAGCGAGCAGUACUGGAGCAGCGGCAACUGGACGGGCCGCGCGUUCGCCGCCGUGCCGGAGAUGACGUCCACCGGCGCGUCGCCGCUGUCCAAGUACACCUUCGGCUACGUCGACGGCGAGGACGAGAGCUACUUCGUCUACGACGUCACCGACGAGUCCGUGGUCACGCGGUUCCGCGUCGACGUGACCGGGCAGAUCAAGUUCCUGACCUGGGUGGAGGCCGCCGCGGAGUGGGUGCUCUUCUGGUCGGAGCCCAAGCGGCAGUGCGACGUCCACGCCGUGUGCGGGCCCUCCGGCGUCUGCACCGAGAACGCGCUGCCGUCCUGCAGCUGCCCCCGGGGGUUCCGCGCGCGGCGGCCGGCCGAGUGGCUGCAGGCCGACCACACCGCCGGCUGCUCCAGGAACGCCGGCCUGGCUUGCGGCGGCGCUCCGGACGGGCGCCAGAGCAAGAGCAGGAACGAGGACAGGUUCUACCCGAUGCCCAGCGUGAGGCUGCCGAGCAACGCGCAGAGCGCCGCGGCGGCGAGCGCUCGCGACUGCGAGCUCACGUGCCUCGGCAACUGCUCCUGCACCGCGUACUCUUACACCGGCGGCUGCUCGCUGUGGUACGGAGACCUCAUCAACCUUCAGGACACGAGCGGCGGCGGCGGCGCCGGCGGCAGCAGCAGCAGCAUCUGGAUCCGCCUCGCCGCGUCCGAGUUCUCCGGCACCGGGAACAAAACCAAGAAGCAGCUGGUCAUCGGGCUCGCCGUUGCGGCCGGGUCCGUCGCCGCGGUCACCGCCACCGUUCUGGCUGCCAUCUUAAUCCUGAGAUGCAGAAGGACGAGGUCGUUGAGGAGGGUGGAAGGUUCCCUGAUGGCGUUCACGUACCGCGACCUCCAGUUCGUGACCAAGAACUUCUCCGAGAAGCUCGGCGGCGGCGCCUUCGGGUCGGUGUUCAAGGGAGCGCUGCCUGACUCCACGCUCGUCGCGGUCAAGAAGCUGGAGGGCGUCCGGCAGGGGGAGAAGCAGUUCCGCGCCGAGGUGAGCACGAUCGGCACGGUCCAGCACGUGAACCUGAUCAAGCUGCUCGGGUUCUGCUCCCAGAGGACGAGACGGCUUCUCGUGUACGAGCACAUGCCCAGGGGCUCCCUGGACAGGCAUCUGUUCGAGACCAGCAGCAGCCAUGGCGUCCUGAGCUGGGAGACGAGGUACCAGAUCGCCCUGGGGGUCGCGAGGGGCCUGGAGUACCUGCACGACAAGUGCCGGGACUGCAUCAUCCACUGCGACAUCAAGCCCGAGAACAUCCUCCUGGACGAGGCGUUCGUCCCCAAGGUGGCCGACUUCGGGCUCGCCAAGCUCAUGGGCCGCGACUUCAGCCGCGUGCUCACCACGAUGCGCGGCACGGUGGGGUACCUGGCGCCGGAGUGGAUCGCCGGCACGGCCAUCACCACCAAGGCGGACGUGUUCAGCUACGGCAUGAUGCUGUUCGAGAUCGUCUCGGGGCGGAGGAACGUCGGGCGGCCCGACGACGGCGGCGCGGUGGACUUCUUCCCGUCGACGGCCGUGGGCCUGCUCCUCGACGGCGACUCGGGCGGCGCGGUGGACGGCCGGCUCGCCGGCAGUGCGGACGCGGCCGAGGUGGAGAGGGCCUGCAAGGUGGCGUGCUGGUGCGUGCAGGACGACGAGAGCCUGCGGCCGAGCAUGGGGAUGGUGGUGCAGGUCCUGGAGGGGCUCGUCGACGUCAACACCCCGCCCAUCCCGAGGUCGCUCAAGGUGCUCGCCGAUCCGUCCAAGUACGUCCAGUUCUUCUCAGGGUUGCCGUCGACCUGAGAUUGAGCCAUUGCUCACUGCUGGUAGCGACACGAACUUAACAGUAGCGUAAAAGACAAGGUGGACGCCUGAGUCCUGACACGAAGCUGGUAGAGGUACAAGUAUUGCAGAUAGACAAGAAAAAUAUUCCGGACAAAUAUCUUAGCCACGUUGAAUGUAUAAUUCUGAGAUGUUUGCAAAUCCAAAGUCCUUUUUUUAAAAGAAACAAAUCCAACGUCCUGUGUAUGUUCAAUGCA